CCGAUAACCUGAUUUCUGCCCGUCGCUCACCGUCUCGAUUUUCAAAUCAUAAACCUUCAUCUUUAAUCGAUCGUCUAGUCAUGAAGAUGAUUCGCUCGUGCCUAUCAUUGCUGGCUCUAGCUGCUGCGGCCACGGCGGCCCCUCGUCAGCCCUCUCCGCCAGCCCUGAGCUACUUAUUCUCGCUCAACAUCACAAGUGGCCAGGCUAUCCCUAUCGGGCCAACUCCGUUGGGAGAUAGGGUAUUCGAACCUAUUGUCGGUGGAUCCUUCUCUGGGCCCAAGCUUUCAGGCACUGUAGCUUCUGGCGGUGGUGAUGCACUUCUGACUGACGGCAACGGGUCCGUCAAUCCGGAUGUCGUGUACGUGCUUCAGACACACGACGGAGGUAACAUACUGGUCCGAGAAAAGGGCCACGCGCCGAACCUGUUCCUACUGUUCGAGACCGGCAGCGACAAGUACGACUGGCUUAACUCGGUCGUUGCGUAUGGGCAAGGUUCGCAGAUCCCUGGUGGGGUAUCACUCAGUGUUUGGCAGGUGGGCACAUACCAUUGAAAAGGUUCUGGCCGCUGGCUUGUGGUUCAUGGCUGAGGGCCGGAUAGUGCUUUGUCAUUCACCUAUGUAGCAAUCUAC